UUGGUACUAUUUGUGUAUGUAAGUUUCAGUUUUCACUUCCCUUUUGGUGUGCCGAAUAUUCAGUUCGAAAACAGCACUAAACUUAAGGCGAUUGAGGAAGUGUUUCGGCACCACAACGACAAGGUGAGUCUGGCGGAGAUGCGGGAAAUUUGUGCUGCAUCCCAGCUCUGUACACUGUGGAAGCGGCCGCUCUAUGAAUGCAUUGCUGUGUCUCAUCAAAAUUUCAUCUGCUACGGUCAAUUUGCACAGUGGUGGAAAACAUUCAAGUCAAGCGUUUACGACGAGGCAGCACAGUUCGUAUAUAUCCUCACAAAGGGAUCCCGAAAUUAUCUGGUACCAAAUGACUUUGAGCCGCUCAUUCAGGACCUGAUCGAUACUCUGCCCUCACUGCAGCUCCUGAAAGACGAACCAUCUUUUCAUAGCGCUUACAUUGAAACAGUUAAGUAGUU